AUGUUGCUCGAUUUAUCUAGAUGUAAACUAAAAAGUUUAGAAGAUAGUGAUGUGAUCCUUGAAAAAUUGAUAGAACUAAAUUGUGAUUAUACAAGUAUAACAUAUUUAGAUGUUUCAUAUAAUAAUAUAAAAUCUAUUAAAGGGUUAAGACAUUUUGAAAAUUUAAAAAUAUUAAAUAUAUCGAAUAAUGAAUUAACUUCAUUAGAUGGAGAUUAUAUUCCUUGUUCAACUGAGAAGAUAAUUUGUGAUAAUAAUAAUCUUAGUGACAUUUAUUUUAAGGGUAUAACAAAUGAAAGAGAAGAAUCCGAAGCCGAAACCGAAACUGAAUCAGAACCCAAAUAUGAAACUGAUGAAGAAACGGGUUCAGAUGAUAAUAGAAAAAAUAAUUGUAUAAAUAAAAUAUAUAGUUAUAAAAAUGAUAAUAAUAUUUCUUCAAAUUAUUCAAAUGAUUUAAAAAGUUAUAAUAUGCAUGAUAAAUAUAAUAAUAGUUUUUUUUAUGAUAAAAUAUAUUACACAAAUAAUAAUUUCCCAUUAAGUAAUUUAAAAUAUUUAGAUGUAAGCUACAAUAAUAUUAAAAGGUUAGCAACAUUUGAAAAAUAUUUACAUAUCUUAAAUAAAAGAAAUAAAUUAAAUAAUUCUAAUGAAACAAACAUAUCAAAGAGUCUCAAAUCUGAAAGUUUAGAAAGUGAUGCAGAUGAUGUACAUAUAAAUAAUUUUAUUUCGAGUAAAACUGAAAAAGAUGUUAUGAUUCUAUUUUUUAACUCUUUAGAAACUCUGCAUCUAAGAGGAAAUAAAUUAACUAAUUUAAAAGGAUUAAGUGUUUUAAAAAAUUUAAAAGUUUUAGAUCUUAGAUCAAAUUUAAUUAGCCAUCCAGUACAACUCUUUUAUAUUCUGGAUAAUAAAAAUUGGCUAAAAAAAUAUCAUGAUAAAAAAAAUAAAAAUAAAAAUAAAAAUACUUAUUAUUCUUAUUUUUCACAUAUAUUAAAAAAAUAUAAAAAUAUAAAUUUACAAAAUAUAUCCUUGCUAGGCAAUAACAAAAUAUUCAAACCUAAACGAUUGCUUGCAUCUGUAUUUAACGUAUUAAAAAAUGUUAAUAGAAAAAAAGAACUUAUAACUGAUUUUUCUGACCGUGUUUCGAUAAAUGAAAAUAAUGAUAUUCUUGAACGUGAGUUUUGUGAUGCAGAUGAUGAGGAAGAAGAUGAUUCAGAUCCUUCUUAUGAUAUAGAUUCAGACAUGGGUUCAGAAGCAGAUGUAGAAGUCGAGGAAAAUUCAAACUUAAUAGAAAACAAUACAUAUAUUUCUAAAAAUAAACAUGAUAAUUUUGUAAAAAAAAGUAACGAAAUAAAUAUUCUUAAUGACAUUGAACAAAUUACAUCUAAACCAAAGGAUUUGAUUGAAUUAAAUGAUUCUGGGUUCUAUGAUAAAAAUAUAAAUAAAAAUGAAAGUGAUUAUGCUGAGAGUACCCAAGGGGAAAGAAAUGAGGAUAGAGAUAUUCCAACUUCUUUAAGUCGAAAGGAGAUAGAUGUAGAAUCAAGUGAUACUGAGGAGGGUACACAUGGACAAGUAGAAAGUGUGGUGGAUUCUCAAAGCGAAUCAGAAAAUGAAAAAGAAGAUGGUGUAAGUGAUAUAGAGCAUGAAUCUGCAAGCGAAGAGGAAAUCGAACCAAGAAAAGUAAAACAUAAUGAGAUAGAUGCAGGCACCAUAAAGAAUCAAAGUGAUAGUGAAAUUGAAAGUGAAGAGGAGGAAAUAGCUCAAAGCGAGAUAGAUGUAGAAUCCAUAAAGAAUCAACAUGAUGCUGAGAGUGAAAGUGAAAGUGAAGAAGAGGAAAUAGCUCAAAGCGAGAUAGAUGUAGAAUCCAUAAAGAAUCAAAAUGAUACUGAAAGUGAAAGUGAAAUUGAAGAAGAUGAAGAAAUAACUAGAACCAAGGUGGAUGUAGGUAGCAUAAAGAAUCAAAGUGAUAAUGAAAUUGAAAGUGAAGAGGAGGAAAUGGCUAGGAGCGAGAUAGAUGUAGAAUCCAUAAAGAAUCAACAUGAUGCUGAGAGUGAAAGUGAAAGUGAAGAAGAGGAAAUAGCUCAAAGCGAGAUAGAUGUAGAUAGCAUAGAGAAUCAAAGUGAUAGUGAAAUUGAAGAAGAAGAAGAAGAAAUAACUAGAACCAAGGUAGAUGUAAACACCAUUAAGAAUCAAAGUGAUACUGAAAGUGAAGAAGAAGAAGGAAUAAUUAGAAGUGAAAUAGAUGCAGAUAGCAUAAAGAAUCAAAGUGAUAGUGAAAUUGAAGAAGAGGAAGAAAUAAUUAGAACCAAGGUAGAUGUAAACACCAUUAAGAAUCAAAGUGAUAAUGGAAUUGAAGAGGAAAUAGCUAGAAGCAAGAUAAAUGUAGGUAGUGUAAAGAAUCAAAGUGAUAGUGAAAUUGAAAGUGAAGAGGGAGAAAUAGAUAGGAGCGAGAUAGAUAUAGAUAGCAUAAAGAAUCAAAAUGAUACUGAAAGUGAAAGUGAAAGUGAAAGUGAAGAGGAAAUAGCUAGAAGCAAGAUAAAUGUAGAAUCCAUAAAGAAUAAAAAUGAUGCUGAAAGUGAAAAUGAAAGUGAAGAGGAAAUAGCUAGAAGCAAGAUAGAUGUAGGCACCAUAAAGAAUCAAAAUUAUGCUGAAAGUGAAGAAGAAGAAGAAGAAGAAGAAGAAGAAAUAGCUAGAAGUGAAAUAGAUGUAGGUAGUAUAAAGAAUCAAAGUGAUGCUGAAAGUGAAGAAGAAGAAGAAGAAAUAACUAGAACCAAGGUGGAUGUAGGUAGCAUAAAGAAUCAAAGUGAUAAUGAAAUUGAAAGUGAAGAGGAGGAAAUGGCUAGGAUCGAGAUAGAUGUAGAAUCCAUAAAGAAUCAACAUGAUGCUGAGAGUGAAAGUGAAAAUGAAAGUGAAGAAGAAAUAGCUAGAAGCAAGAUAGAUACAGCCACCAUAAAGAAUCAAAAUGAUACUGAAAGUGAAAGUGAAAGUGAGGAAGAAGAAAUAACUAGAAGUGAAAUAAAUGUAAGCAGCAUAAAGAAUCAAAAUGAUAGUGAAAGUGAAAAUGAAGAAGAGGAAGAAAUAGCUAGAAGCGAAGUAAAUGUAGAAUCCAUAAAGAAUCAAAAUUAUGCUGAAAGUGAAAGUGAAGAGAAGGAAAUAGCUAGAAAUGAAAUAGAUGUAAACAGCAUUAAGAAUCAAAGUGAUAAUGAAAUUGAAAGUGAAGAGGAAAAAAUAAUUAGAACCAAGGUAUAUGUAAGUAGGAUAAAGAGUCAAAGUUAUUAUGAAAGUGAAAGUGAAGAAGAGGAAGAAAUAGCUAGAAGUGAUAUCGAUGCAGCCACCAUAAAGAAUCAAAAUUAUGCUGAAAAUGAAAGUGAAAAUGAAAGUGAAAAUGAAAGUGAAAGUGAAAAUGAAAGUGAAAAUGAAAGUGAAAAUGAAAGUGAAAAUGAAAGUGAAAAUGAAAGUGAAGAAGAAGAAAUAGCUAGAAGCAAGAUAGAUGUAGGCACCAUAAAGAAUCAAAAUUAUGCUGAAAGUGAAGAAGAAGGAAUAACUAGAAAUGAAAUAGAUGUAAACAGCAUAAAGAAUCAAAAUGAUAAUGAAAGUGAAAAUGAAGAAGAGGAAGAAAUAGCUAGAAGCGAAGUAAAUGUAGAAUCCAUAAAGAAUCAACAUGAUGCUGAGAGUGAUAAUGAAAUUGAAGAAGAGGAAAUAGCUCAAAGCGAGAUAGAUGUAGAUAGCAUAGAGAAUCAAAGUGAUAGUGAAAUUGAAGAAGAAGAAGAAGAAGAAAUAACUAGAACCAAGGUAGAUGUAAACACCAUUAAGAAUCAAAAUGAUACUGAAAGUGAAAAUGAAAGUGAAGAGGAAGAAAUAGAUAGAAAUGAAAUAGAUGUAGGUAGUAUACAGAAUCAAAGUGAUGCUGAAAGUGAAGAAGAGGAAGAAAUAGCUAGAAGUGAUAUCGAUGCAGCCACCACAAAGAAUCAAAAUUAUGCUGAAAGUGAAAAUGAAAGUGAAGAAGAAGAAAUAGAUAAAAGUGAAAUAGAUGUAGGUAGUAUACAGAAUCAAAGUAAUGCUGAAAGUGAGAAAGAAGAAAUAACUAGAAGUGAAAUAAAUGUAAACAGCAUAAAGAAUCAAAAUGAUAGUGAAAGUGAAAAUGAAGAAGAGGAAGAAAUAGCUAGAAGCGAAGUAAAUGUAGAAUCCAUAAAGAAUCAAAAUGAUACUGAAAGUGAAAGUGAAGAAGAAGAAAUAGCUAGAUAUGAAAUAGCUGUAGGUAGUAUAAAGAAGCAAAGUGAUAAUGAAAUUGAAAGUGAAGAAGAAGAAGAAGGAAUAACUAGAAAUGAAAUAGAUGUAAGUAGUAUAAAGAAUCAAAGUGAUGUUGAAAGUGAAAAUGAAAGUGAAGAAAAAGGAAUAACUAAAAGUGAAAUAGAUGUAAACAGCAUUAAGAAUCAAAGUUAUUAUGAAAGUGACGAGGAAAAAAUAAUUAGAACCAAGGUAUAUGUAAGUAGGAUAAAGAAUCAAAGUUAUUAUGAAAGUGAAGAGGAAGAAAUAACUAGAAGCGAGGUAGAUGUAAGUAGAAUACAGAAUCAAAGUGAAAGUGAAGAGGGAGAAAUAGCUAGAAGUGAUAUAGAUACAGCCACCAUAAAUAAUCAAAAUGAUACUGAAAGUGAAGAUGAAAGUGAAAAUGAAAGUGAAAAUGAAAGUGAGGAAGAAGAAAUAACUAGAAGUGAAAUAGCCGUAGGUAGUAUAAAGAAGCAAAGUGAUAAUGAAAUUGAAAGUGAAGAAGAAGAAAUAACUAGAACCAAGAUAAAUGUAGAAUCCAUAAAGAAUAAAAAUGAUGCUGAAAGUGAAGAAGAAGAAAUAGCUAGAAGCGAGGUAAAUGUAGAAUCCAUAAAGAAUCAAAAUGAUACUGAAAGUGAAAGUGAAGAAGACGAAAUAACUAGAACCAAGCUAGAUGUAAACAGCAUAAAGAAUCAAAAUGAUACUGAAAGUGAAAGUAAAGAAGAGGAAGAAAUAGCUAGAAGCGAAGUAAAUGUAGAUCCCAUAAAGAAUCAAAGUGAUAAUGAAAUUGAAAGUGAAGAGGAAAAAAUAAUUAGAACCAAGGUAUAUGUAAGUAGAAUAAAGAAUCAAAGUUAUUAUGAAAGUGAAGAGGAAGAAAUAACUAGAACCAAGAUAGAUGUAGAUCCCAUAAAGAAUCAAAAUUAUGCUGAAAGCGAAAGUGAAGAAGAGGAAGAAAUAACUAGAAGCGAGGUAAAUGUAAGUAGAAUACAGAAUCAAAGUGAAAGUGAAGAGGGAGAAAUAGCUAGAAGUGAUAUGGAUGCAGCCACCAUAAAGAAUCAAAAUGAUACUGAAAGUGAAAAUGAAAGUGAAGAAGAAGAAGUAGCUAAAAGUGAAAUAGAUGUAAGUAGUAUAAAGAAGCAAAGUGAUAAUGAAAUUGAAAGUGAAGAAGAAGAAGAAGAAGAAGGAAUAACUAGAAAUGAAGUAGAUGUAAGUAGUAUAAAGAAUCAAAGUGAUAGUGAAAAUGAAAGUGAAGAAGAAGAAAUAGCUAGAAGCGAGGUAAAUGUAGAAUCCAUAAAGAAUCAAAAUGAUACUGAAAGUGAAGAAGACGAAAUAACUAGAAAUGAAAUAGAUGUAAGUAGUAUAAAGAAUCAAAGUGAAAGUGAAAGUGAGGAAGAAGAAAUAACUAGAAGUGAAAUAGCCGUAGGUAGUAUAAAGAAGCAAAGUGAUAAUGAAAUUGAAGAAGAGGAAAUAGCUAGAACCAAGAUAAAUGCAGAAUCCAUAAAGAAUAAAAAUGAUGCUGAAAGUGAAGAAGAAGAAGAGGGAAUAACUAGAAGUGAAAUAGAUGUAAACAACAUAAAGAAUCAAAAUGAUACUGAAAGUGAAGAAGAAGAGGAAAUAGCUCAAAGCGAGAUAGAUGUAGGUAGUAUAAAGAAUCAAAGUGAUGCUGAAAGUGAAGAAGAAGAAGAAAUAACUAGAACCAAGGUAGAUGUAAACACCAUUAAAAAUCAAAGUGAUAAUGAAAUUGAAAGUGAAGAGGAAAAAAUAAUUAGAACCAAGGUAUAUGUAAAUAGGAUAAAGAAUCAAAGUUAUUAUGAAAGUGAAAGUGAAGAAGAAAUAACUAGAAGUGAAAUAGAUGUAAGUAGUAUAAAGAAUCAAAAUGAUACUGAAAGUGAAAAUGAAAGUGAAAGUGAAAGUGAAAGUGAGGAAGAAGAAAUAACUAGAAGUGAAAUAGAUGUAGGUAGUAUAAAGAAGCAAAGUGAUAAUGAAAGUGAAGAAAAAGAAAUAACUAGAACCAAGAUAAAUGUAGAAUCCAUAAAGAAUAAAAAUGAUGCUGAAAGUGAAGAAGAAGAAGAAGGAAUAACUAGAAAUGAAAUAGAUGUAAGUAGUAUAAAGAAUCAAAAUGAUACUGAAAGUGAAAAUGAAAGUGAAAGUGAAAGUGAGGAAGAAGAAAUAGCUAGAAGUGAAAUAGAUGUAGGUAGUAUAAAGAAGCAAAGUGAUAAUGAAAGUGAAGAAAAAGAAAUAACUAGAACCAAGAUAAAUGUAGAAUCCAUAAAGAAUAAAAAUGAUGCUGAAAGUGAAGAAGAAGAAGAAGAAGGAAUAACUAGAAAUGAAAUAGAUGUAAGUAGUAUAAAGAAUCAAAAUGAUACUGAAAGUGAAAAUGAAAAUGAAAGUGAAAGUGAGGAAGAAGAAAUAACUAGAAGUGAAAUAGAUGUAGGUAGUAUAAAGAAUCAAAGUGAUGCUGAAAGUGAAAUAGAUGUAAACAGCAUAAAGAAUCAAAAUGAUAGUGAAAGUGGAAAUGAAGAGGAAGAAAUAGAUAGUAUAAAAAAUUAUGGCGGUGAUGGCGAAGAUACAGAAAGUGAAGAAGAGGAAAAAGAAGAAAGCGAAUCUGAAGAUGUAGAUGUAAAUCUAGAAAUGGAAAGAAAGGAAGGAAUAAAAAUAAUUGACACAAAAGAAGGUGAACAAAUGCAUAAAUCACAAAUAGAAUUAAUGGAUUUAGAAAAAGAAGAAAUAGGUAGCGUUGAAAACAACAAAUUAACUAUUAAAGGAAAAGAACCAGAAUAUAUAAAUUCUCAUGAAAUUAGAAAAGAAGUAUGUGCAUCUAAUAAAGAACCCAAAAUGAAUAGUGAAAUAAAAGUAAGUAACUCAAAUGAUCAAAAAAAAACUUAUAGAGAUAAUCAGAAUAGUUUGUGUACCUUUGAUUAUAAUAAACAAAAAUAUUUUCCAAUAUUAAAAGAAAAAAUAAAAAAACUAAAUAAUAAAAUAGAUGAAUAUUCGAUAAGAAAACAAGUCAAAAAAAAUGACGAAAAAAAUGAAGAGGAAAAUGACGAAGAAAAUGACGAAGAAAAUGACGAAAAAAAUGACGAAAAAAAUGAAGGAGAAAAAUCAAAAAAUGUGAUUUCUUUUUAUAAUAAUUUAAAAAAAAAUAUGCUUAAAGAAAAUUAUCAUAAUAAAAACUGUGAAGAAAAUGAAUCCAUAAAAUCAAAUAAACAAAUAGCUAACUUGAGAAAUGUAAUUAAAAAAAAGAAUCUAUUAAAUGGUUAUAAUUUUAGUGAAAUAAAAAUAGACAAUGAUAAAAAAGAAAUAUAUAAUAAAAAUGAUAUUUCUUUGAAAAGAAAAAAAAAUAUAUAUAACAAAAAUAACUAUUAUUGUAACUCUCAUAAAAAUGAUUCUAUUCCUAUCCAAAUUAAUAAAAAUAAAAAUAUAAAUAUAAAAAUAAAUUCUAACAACUUUGAUAAUAACAUAGAUAAUAUAAUAAAUAAUAAUAAUAAUAAUAAUAAUGAUUAUAAUAAUAAUGAUUAUAAAGAUAAUGAUUAUAAAGAUAAUAAAUUGUAUAAUAUAAAAAAUGAAAAAUAUAUCAACAUUGAAGAACAUGAAACAAUUUGUUCUUUUUCUUCCAUCUUAACAGAUAAAAAAAACAACAAAAUAUUUAAAGAAACUAAAACUAAUGAUAAAUAUUCAGAUAUUUCAAAUUUUGGAAAUUAUACAUUUAUAGGGAAUGACAUAAUUAAUAAAAACGCCACUUUUGAAAAAAAUAACAACACUACAAAUUAUAUUCACCAAUCUGAAAAAGUUGGAAAUGUUGAAAAUGUUGAAAAAGUUGAAAAUGUUGAAAAAGUUGGAAAAGUUGGAAAUGUUGAAAAAGUUGAAAAAGUUGAAAAAGUUGGAAAAGUUGAAAAACCAGAUUCAGACAAACAUUUCGAUAUAAUAGAAGGUAUUAUAAAUAGAAAAUGUUUAAAUCAUGGUUAUUCAAAAUAUUUCGAUACAGAAAAUGGAAACAUAAAUGACAAUGUUUGUGAUAAUAAUAAUAAUAAUCGUGCUAAACAAAAUUUAAACUUGAAUUUUAAAUUUGAAAAGGGAAAUAAUAAUGAAUGUCUUGAAUCGUUGAAAAAGAAAAACAACGAUCCUAAAUCAGAUGUGUUAGAAAAAAAAGGGCCUCAAAUAGAUGCAGCAUACUCUAUGCACAAUGGGAAUCAAAAUAUAGUAGACAAACUCGAAAGUAAAAAUGCAUGCAAAAAAGGUGACAAAAAGUUGGGAAAAAAUAAGGUGGAAAAAAAUAAGGUGGAACAAAAUAAGGUAGAACAAAAUAAGGUGGAAAAAAAUAAGAUAGAAAAAAAUAAGGUAGAAAAAAAUAAGGUAGAACAAAAUAAGGUGGAAAAAAAUAAGGUAGAACAAAAUAAGGUGGAACAAAAUAAGGUGGAACAAAAUAAGGUGGAACAAAAUAAGGUAGAACAAAAUAAGGUAGAACAAAAUAAGAUGGAACAAAAUAAGAUAGAAAAAAAUAAGGUGGAAAAAAAUAAGGUGGAAAAAAAUAAGGUGGAAAAAAAUAAGGUGGAACAAAAUAAGGUAGAACAAAACAAGGUGGAACAAAAUAAGAUAGAAAAAAAUAAGGUGGAAAAAAAUAAGGUGGAACAAAAUAAGGUAGAACAAAACAAGGUGGAACAAAAUAAGAUGGAACAAAAUAAGAUGGAAAAAAAUAAGGUGGAACAAAAUAAGGUAGAACAAAAUAAGGUAGAACAAAAUAAGAUGGAACAAAAUAAGAUGGAAAAAUUAUGUAAAAUUAAAAGUUUGGAAACUCAUAAUUUGCCAUAUAAUAAAUUGUUAAAUGAUAUGUGCGUCUCAAAAUCUAAACCAUCUUCUGACUUGUUUGAAAUAAGCGAAACGGACAAAAUUAGUAAAGCGAGUGAAACAUGUUUGAAGUUGGUUGAAAUAAAACAAUUGGAAAGUAAGAUAAGUAAAGAUUCUGUACAUGAUAAUACAAAAAUGUUAAUGUGUAAUAAUAAAAUAAAUGAUUAUAAUAGCAAAAUUUGUGAAAAUAGUAACAACCAUAAAUUAAAUAAAAAUUUAAUAUUAUAUAUAAAAGAAACAUAUUUAAAAUUGAAAAAAGAAAAGCAAUACAAUAAUAUGUUAUUUAAAGAAAAUAAAAAGCUUGAAAAUAAAGUAAGAUUAUUAAAUCAAAGUAAAAAAAUAUAUAAGAAAAAAAUUAAAAAUUUGGAAAAAAAUUGUGAUGAACAAAAUAAAAUUACAAACAAAUUUGAAAAUAUCAUGAAUAAUUUUAAUUUAUUGAAAAACUCAAAAAUGGAAAUUCCUAUGGAUGAUGUCAAAAUGCAAAACGCAUAUAUUGAGAACACAAUAGGCCAAUUAUAUAGCACAUUCUUAGACACUUUAGGAGAAAACCACACGAUAACAAAAAGAAUCGAAAAUUUGGGUUCCGUAUAUGCAAAAAGGGAGAAAGGAAUAGAAUUACAACUGAAUAAUCAAAUUAAGAAUUUGAAUUUGUUAAAAAAAUAUGAAGAAACGACACAAACAAAAAAUGAAUAUUUCAAAGAGUUACAAAAAAAAGAAAAAGAUAUUAUCAACUUAAAUAAAAAUUUAGAAGACAUAAUGAAAAACACAAAUGACAUGAAACAAAUGUUAGUAGAAAAUGAUGAUAAAUUAAAAAAUUUGAAGAUGGAAUUAUCUCAAAAAAAUACAAUAAUUAAAGAAUUGGAAGAAAAAAACAACAAACUGAUGGAAAAUGAAAAAGUAAUGCAAACCGAAAAAGAAAAUUUAUUGGAAUUAUUAUAUGGAAAAGAGGAAAAAUUGGCAACCGCUAAAGAAUACAAAGACGAAAUUAAAGAAUUGCAACAAAAAAUAAAAAACUAUUUACAUAAAAAUGUUCACAAAGUACAAGAUAAAAUAUAUGAACAAAUUUUAGAUAAGUUAUAUGAAGAACAAAUUAAAAUACAAUCAUCUUUAGUAGAAAAAGAUCAAGCUAUAAUUCAAAAAAAUACAAAAAUACAAAAUCUUCAAAUUCAAUUACAUUCAUGGGCAAAAGAAGCAUCUAAAUGGGUAUCAAUUGCAGAUAAGCACACAAAACUUAUCACUAAUCAUAAUACAUUAAAGAAAAAUUAUGAAGAACUAAAGUAUAAAUAUAUAAUGGAUUUGAAACAUUUGCAAACAAACAAAAAUGAAAAGAUAAAAGAGCUUAUAAGGAAAUUUUCGUAA